CCUCGCGCUGCGCCGCCGGCUGCCGCGCGGACGGAGCGCGCGGACCCAGCGCCGCUGCGCGGGCGGGCCGGGGGCGGUGGCGGCGGCGGCAGGAGUGUACUGUAACCAUCCAGUCCUUCUUCAGCUGCUUUCCCUUGGGUGGGCCUGAAUGAAGACAAAUGUAAAGAUGGCAUGUCCAAGGAAUUUUAAAAGGUGUAGACCUCCUGACUGAGCAGUGCUGUGUUUUUUAUUCUCUUUAAUUGGUAAACUGCUGUUCUCUCACAGGUGAAAGUCAUGAUCACGCUAACAGAACUCAAAUGCUUAGCAGAUGCCCAGUCAUCCUACCACAUACUAAAGCCAUGGUGGGAUGUCUUCUGGUAUUACCUCACCAUGAUAAUGCUGCUAGUUGCUGUGCUUGCUGGGGCUCUCCAGCUUACUCAAACCAGAGUAUUGUGUUGUCUUCCUUGCAAGCUAGAAUUUGACAAUCAUUGUGCUGUGCCUUGGGAUUUAGUUAAAGCCAACCUUAACAUGUCAGCUAGCCCGACAGCACCGAUAAUCAUCCCGCUUAAAAUCCAGAAUUAUCUCCAUCGGCAGCAGUAUUCCUACAUCGAUGCAGUAUGUUAUGAGCGACAGCUUCACUGGUUUGCCAAAUUUUUUCCAUACCUAGUGCUUUUGCAUACCUUCAUUUUUGCAGCUUGCAGUAAUUUCUGGCUUUACUAUCCCAGUACAAGUUCCAGGCUUGAGCACUUUGUAGCCGUUCUUCAGAAGUGUUUCGACUCUCCCUGGACAACGCGUGCCCUCUCAGAAACAGUUGCUGAGCAGUCUGCCAGGAAGUUGCCAACAGCCAAAUCAAAAACAGCGAUUUCAUCACCUCAGUGUUCAGGAGACAUAGGGGCCAGCAGACAGUCCCUGCCAUAUUCACAACAUGGCUUGGAAACAACUGGAAGAGAAAAUUCCAGUGUUCUUGACAAAAAAGAAGGGGAACAAGCUAAAGCUAUAUUUGAAAAAGUGAAGAAAUUCAGAGUACACGCUGAAGAAAAGGAUGUUGUAUACACAGUGUAUAUGAAACAAAUUAUAGUGAAAGUCUUUGUAGUUGUCAUAAUAGUAACUUAUGUCCCCUACUAUUUAUCAUUUAUUACACUUGAAAUUGAUUGUGUGGUUAAUGUUCAAGCCUUUACAGGCUACAAAAGGUACCAGUGUGUUUAUUCGCUGGCAGAAAUUUUUAAAGUUUUGGCUUCAUUUUAUGUUGUUUUGGUGAUCUUCUAUGGAUUAACUUGUACUUACAGUUUGUGGUGGAUGUUAAGAAGUUCACUUAAGCAAUACUCUUUUGAGAAGUUGAGAGAGAAAAGUAAUUACACUGAUAUACCUGAUGUGAAGAAUGACUUUGCAUUUAUUCUUCACUUGGCAGAUCAGUAUGAUCCUCUUUAUUCCCAACGAUUCUCAAUAUUCCUGUCUGAUUUGAGUGAAAAUGAGCUCAAACAGAUAAAUCUUAACAAUGAAUGGUCAGUGGAAAAACUGAAAAAUAAACUAGUAAGAAACUCCCAAGACAAGACUGAACUUCACCUUUUCAUGUUAAAUGGUCUUCCAGACAGUGUCUUUGAACUGACAGAAAUAGAAGUUCUAAGCCUGGAACUGAUUCCUGAAGCCAAACUUCCUUCAGCUGUGACCCAACUUGUCAAUCUCAAAGAACUCAAUGUUUAUCAUUCAUCACUAACAAUGGAUUAUCCAGCAGUCAACUUCUUAGAAGAAAAUCUGAAAACCUUGCGUUUGAAGUCUAGUGAGGUGGGAAGAAUUCCAUUUUGGGUCUUUCAUCUAAAAAACCUACAAGAAUUGUGUUUAACAGGAUAUUUCAUGCUAGAUCAUCACAACUCCAUAUACAAUGAUGGCUUUCAGGGGCUAAAAAAUCUGAGAUCAAUUCACUUAAAAAACAACCUUUCCCGUAUACCUCAAGUGAUCACAGAUCUUCUGCCUUCUUUACAACACUUGUCUAUCAACAAUGAGGGAAAUAAACUGAUAGUGCUAAAUAACCUGAAGAAGCUGGUAAACCUGAGAACCUUGGAACUAAUCUGCUGUGAUUUAGAGCGCAUUCCCCAUUCCAUUUUUACCCUAAACAAUUUGCAUGAAAUUGACUUAAAAGAAAAUAAUCUCAGAACAGUGGAAGAAAUAAUUAGUUUCCAACAUCUUAAGAAUCUUUCUUGCUUAAAAUUGUGGCACAACAGUAUUUCCUAUGUCCCAGUGCAGAUUGGUGCAUUAUCAAACCUGGAACAGUUGUAUCUAAAUUAUAAUAAUAUUAAGAACGUUCCAUUGCAGCUAUUUCUUUGCAGAAAGUUACACUAUUUGGAUCUUAGCUAUAAUAAGCUAACCUCCAUCCCUGAAGAAAUCGGUUAUCUGACCAACCUGCAGUACUUGGCUUUGACAAAAAACCAUAUUGAAAUGCUGCCUGAUGGAUUAUUUCAGUGCAAAAAGCUGCAGUUUCUUCUUCUGGGAAAUAAUAGUCUGAUGAAUUUGUCCCCUUUUGUGGGUCAGCUACUGAAUCUUGUUCAGUUAGAGCUCACUGGAAACUAUCUUGAAUCACUUCCCGCUGAACUGGAAGAAUGUCAGCUCUUAAAGCGAAAUAAUCUAAUUGUAGAAGAAAGGUUGUUAAAAACACUUCCACCUCGUGUAAGAGAGCGUUUGCAGGCAUGCUCAGAUAAGUCCUAAGUUUAAAAUGAAACUCUGCAUUGUUGCAUUCUACAAGUCUUGCUUAAUAUCUCUCUAAAGAUCUGUAUACGUAGAGAGGAGUGAAGGAGAGAGAGCAAUUCACAAACCAGUCUUAAACUUUGAUGCAUUGAACUAAGUUGAUUGUAUUGGAAAAGAAAAAUUUAUUCAGAUUUAAACAAAAGAUGCAGCCUUUUACAGGUAAACAUGUUUGAAUUUUGGAACAUGAAUUGUUGGUUAGGUUCUACUGAUUGAAAUAAUUCAGCUAGAUGUUUAUGGUAGUAUUGAAAAAGAAGAGAUGAUUGCCUGGCUAUAGUGAGAGUGUAUAUACUUUUUUCCUAUGAGAAUUUUUUCUGUUGAUAGCAAUGAUUUAAAAUAGUUCUAUUCCUGCCAUAUGAGGUCUAAGAACUGUCUUGAAUUAGUUUCUAAAUAUGAACUCUUCUCUAACUUAGGAUGUAUUAAAUUAAGAGUUUAAACUAUUUGAGCAGUUUAAUUGCAUGGGGUAUACGGAAAGUAAUUUUUCAACAUAACUUAAUUUUUAAAAGCUUUUGACAAGUACUAAGCAUUAAUUCUAUAAUUGUGGAAGAUGCCAUUUGAAUCUUGCUAUUAAAUACCUAGAACUGGUUUCAGCAUUUUGUCUUAAAAAUAGUAAAUACAAAAUUAAAUGUUGCCUAGAAAUUGGGAGGAAUCGGAAGAAUCUGAAGUAACUGUCGUGCGCAUGUCCUAGAGAACCCAUCUUACGUUACUGAUCUGCAGAAACAAUGAUGGCAAACAGAAUAGUUGCAAAGUUGUCUUCUGUAUGUUGUGAGCAUCCCAGGUGUUAGUGUAGUGUAUGUUGCUGAUUAAUAUUUUUAUAACUUCUCAUUACUGACUGCCUCAGUGCAGCUUCUCCACACCCAGUUAUUGGGGAGAGGAUGAAGGAGGUUUGAGGUUUGUAUUAGAUAGGGACAGAAAGACAAAGAUAAAACAAACUAAAUAAUCACACAACUUAGAAGCAUUUGGGAGGAAAAGACAGGAAGCAUUAUAAGCUUUGCCUCUUCUAGGGAUGUAAUAAUUUCAUAAAUCAGAGUGGUGGGAAAAACUCUUAUGCCAUCCGUAAUACUUGCAAAAAUGGAUGGAAAUAAAAUGUUUCCUGACUUCA